GCUCCUCCGUUCAGCGUCAGUGCCAUGACAACAGGACGAUGGCUGCAAGUAAGAGGCUGAGAAAUGUGAUUUUCGUGUGAACGAGGAGUAACAAACCAUCAACUUUUACGGACUGACUCGUGUACGUCAAGAGACAGCAUGUCUCUGUUCAAGGCCCGUGAUUGGUGGUCGGCAGUGCUUGGCGAGGGGGAGGAGUUUGACCAGGGAUGCCUAUGUGUCGGAGACGUGGACAACAGUGGCACUGGACAUGACAAGGUGGUGGUGGGCAGCUACAUGGGGAUGCUGCGAAUAUUCUCCCCACAUGCCGAUAAGUCCAGCGAGGGAGUUCCGGUGGAAGCUCAGCUUCUAGAAGUCCAGCUUCAAAAUGCCAUCAUCCAGGUGGAAGUGGGCAAGUUUGUCUCGUGUUCAGAGCUUCUUCAUCUGGCUGUUCUUCACCCCAGGAAGUUGUCAGUCUACUCUGUUUCAGGCACUGCAGGGAAUGUGGAGCACGGCGACCAAUAUCAGCUGAAGUUGGUUUAUGAACACAAUCUGCAGAGAACAGCCUGCAACAUGACCUAUGGCACCUUUGGAGGGGUCACAGGUCACCACUCCCUGUGUAUCCAGUCCAUGGAUGGCAUGCUGAUGUUCUUCGAGCAGGACAGCUACUCUUUCGGCAGGUUCUUACCUGGUUUUCUUCUGCCCGGCCCGCUGGUCUACAACCCCAGAACAGACAGCUUCCUCACCGUUUCCUCUGCACGCCAGCUGGAGAGCUACAAAUAUGAGACUCUGGCCGUGGCUACAGAGGCAGAGAGUCGACACGAUCCUGAUCUGCCCCUCAAGACCGGAGGCAAGAGGCUGAUGCCUGACUGGACAUUUAUCCUGGGAGAACAGGCCCUGGAUCUCUCUGUGCCCUCGUUCUCCCACUACUCCUCCUCCAUAUUCGUUCUGGGUGAGAGGAACCUCUACUGUCUCCGUGACACUGGCCAGAUCCGCUUCAUGAAGAAGCUGGAGUUCAACCCCAGCUGCUUCCUGCCCUACACUUCAGUAACGGAUGGCACGACCAACCUGUUGCUUGGUAACCACACCAACAUGCUGCUGGUGUACCAGGAUGUGACUCUGAAGUGGGCGGCCCAGCUCUCCUUUGUGCCUGUGGCCGUUCGUGUUACCAACUUCCCGGAGUUAAAAGGAGUCGUGGUCAGUCUGAGUUCUGACGGUAACCUCCUGUGCUCCUACAUGGGUACGGACCCCUCCUUCUUCUCCACGCCCAAGGUGGAUGCCCGAGAGGCUGACUAUGAGCAGGUGGAUGCUGAGAUGAAGAAGUUACAGAAGUUCAUCAGAGAGGCCACCAGGACUCAGGACAUCCUGCCUAAAACGGACAGUGAGGAGGACCUGAUUAUUACAGCUGCUGUGUCCUCCAGCAUGGACAGCCAAUCGCAAGCUCUAAUCCAAGAUAUUGAUGGUCUGCCCGUCUCUUCAGUAACCAUUCAAGUGAAGGUGAAGGCCUGUUGUGUUGUGCAGUCCUCUAAGCUGACCGUCAGCAUUCAGCCUCCUCUGGCCGUCACUCAGGAUCAGUUUGUUCUGGAGCCCAUGGGUGUUGGUUCCUCCACAGUUGUGGCAUUUUCUGCUUUUCUCAAUGGUCGCUAUCCCCCUGCUGACCUGACCGGAGACAUCACCGUGUCCUACUGUUCGCCUACAGAGCUUAAUCCCAAAGGAGUUCCCAGGGUUCUUCAGUCCAGGUUCAGUCUUCCUCUGGCAUUGGUGUGUGUUCCUUCCUCUCCAGCCAAAACAACCAAGUUUAAGAUCACUGUGGACACCAACCAGCCACCAGUGGACCUCAACUCCAUCUUCCCAGAGUUUUCAGCAAAAUCAGCAGAUAAGGAUGGGAAUAGUUUGGCUUUCCAGUUCCUGUCAGGAGCCAAGGUUACUGUGCUGGCUUCUAAGACCUCCCAGCGUUACCGUAUUCAGAGUGACAGUUUUGAGGACAUGUGGUUGGUGGUGAAAGAGUUGGUCCAGAGAUUCGACCGGCAUUUCUCCAAACUGGGAGUCAAAGACUUCAAGAAAAGCUUCAGUGGGCCGCUACCGCUGCAGGAGUACUUCCUGUCUCUGGACCACCACUUCCAGCUGCGUGUCAGUGGUCAGCAGUACCAGGAUCUGCUGUCAGAGCGGGCUGUCCAAUUCAGAGCCAUCCAGCGUCGCCUGCUGACUCGAUUCAAAGACAAAACCCCGGCACCCCUUCAGAACCUGGACACAUUGCUGGACGCCACUUAUAGCCAGGUGAUGGCGCUGGCGGAGGCUGCGGAGGAGAACCGGGCGCUGCUGGAGGAGGCGUUUGUCCGUUUACGGAGCGCUACACAUCUGCUGGUGCUGCUACUGUCGCUGUGGCAGGGCCUGACCCCUGACCAGACGGCCAUCCUGGAGGCCACACUGCUGCCGCUGCUGCAGGACACACCUCAGCUGGGUUGGGAGGAGAGCUGUGAUGCUGCGGUCUCCCAUCUCCUGCGAAGCUGCCUUUCGCGGAGCCCCAAGGACCAGGCCACAUCUCUGGCCCAGGCGGGAGGCCCUGUGCUGGGCAUCCCUCGUGACACCGCCCGCCUCAAGAAGCACAUCACCCUGCUGUGCGAUCGCAUCGGCAAGGGAGGCCGCCUCACCCUGGCCUCUGAGGCCAACGUCCAAGUCCCCAUCCAGGUCCAGAACCUGGCUGCUCCCGGAGGUGUUGAGCCCAUUGCAGAGGUUGCUGGUGACGGGGAAGAGCAGGAACUUCCACAUGAGGCGACCAAGUUCAUCAAGAAGAAACAGCCAUCUAAGAAAGUCAAGAAAGAUAAAGAUUCCAAAGAGAAGAAGGAGGUGAUAUCAGAGGCCAGUUUGAAAGAAGAAGCGGGAGGUGCAGAGGAGCCUCUCAAGGAGGCUAAAAAGGAGAAGAAGGAGCCAUCCAAGGAGAAGAAGGAGUCAAAAAAGGAGACAAGCAAAGAGGCUAAACAGGAGACAAAGAAGGAGUCCAAGAAGGAAUCAUCCUCCUCCAAGGAGAAGAAGGAGUCAUCAAAGGAGAAGAAGGAGAAGGAGGGGAAGGAGGCCAGCAAGGAGUCAGGGGACAAGAAAGUGUCCAGGAAGUCAUCUGUAAAAGUGAAAGAGAAGAAGAAGGAGCCAGAAGCUGGAGAAGGCUGACAGGAGCAAUGCAAUAAUCUGACAUGAUAUGCAUACAAACACAUACACAAACAAAACACAAGAUACAUGUCAAAACAUUAUACACAUACACAGAUCGCUCAUAUAAAUAUACAUAUAUGUAUGUCCAUGUAAACAUAUAUAAGGAGCACAAUUCGACACCACACACAUACACACUGACAUAUGCAGUUUACAUUAUAUAUUUACAUGUAAAUAUACUCAUUCAAGGCCAUAUAUCUCAGUAGCAAAGCAGUUUCCUCCCAGAUGCAUAUUUACAUUGUCUAGUAAUAACCGAUCCUCACACACAUGCUCUGUGUCUCUGGGCUGCUGCUGCUGAACCACGCCACAUCCAGUAGUUUUGGUGUGUGUGCGCUGGGCAGCUGUGGUGAGGUCUGAGCCCACGGAGAGCGAGGAAGAAGGCAAAAUCCUCCUCCUCGCUCUUUAGACAUUUCGCUGACUCUCUACUUCCUCCUCCUCCUUGUCUUCGUCUAGCCUCAGAAGCAGUUGAACCCACAGCCCUGAGCCUCCCUAAUCCCAGUCAGGCCCCAAACCGCCCCCCGCGCGCCCACGCUCACUCCUGGAUGUGACGUCGGACCCGCCCUCUCGCCCCCUCGCGUGGCACCGGGCCUCACCAGAGCUUCCCCCGCCUCGUCGCUAAGAAUAAAUCGCCUGCCGUGUCGAACAGCCCAGUUGCUUCCGGGUAAAUCAAGGCCACAUCCUACAGCCUCCACCCCCUCUGACCUCUUCCAGUCAGUUUUGUUUUUCAAAUCUGGGACACUCAAGGACACGCGGCUGCUGAUGGACACAUACUUGGUGCUGUGGGGUCGGACCUGAGACUGUUUUUGUACGCUGAAAACCAACAGGGCGUUUUCUGGAAAAAGCAGGGUGGUAAUCAGGGGAGAAGAGCCUGCAGGGCCGGUUUAACACCCGAGGCCUUUUCUGCUCAUCUUCAAGAACAUUAUGAAGAUGAGGCUGGAUAUUAAAUCCACUCCACGGCACGUGUGUCGUCUAUAACAUCAGCAGCUUAGCUAACCAGCUCCACUAGAUACAGAUUGAUAUGUUACUGUAAGAUGACCAUUACUAGCACCAGAGGAAGAACAGACUCUUUCAGCAGCAAAUAAACAGACAGUAGGUGUAGGUUUCAGAAUAAAAUGCACAAGGUACUAAAUGAUUUAAACGACCAGUUCACUUAAAAUACAACAAAGAAAUUUUUUUCCCUACUUUUAGUGAUAUCUAAUUAUGCAGAUGGGUUGUCUUGUUUGAUUUGUGAACGUUCUGAGAGGAGUAUCAUAUUUGAAAACUACAGAAAGUUGGGUAAAAUGUCUGGGCAGGUUUUUAGUCAGAUAUUUACUCAAUUAUGACAUGAAACCACCUUUUUAUAGCAUAAAAAAACCCAAUUAAAACCAAACUAAUCAGAAACAUAAACAUACAUCAGUGUGAUAGAAAUUACCAAAAAUGACAGAAACCAUCUUUAGGAAAAAUGUAUUUGACGUGUACUGUAUUAGUUUGCCCCAUGUCCCAUCUGCUAACAUGCGGGGGGCGGGGUUUAAGAACUAUUCUGCAGCCAGCCAACAGGGGGUGAUCGAGUUGUUUUUGCUCGACUUUUGGGAAGCUGUCAUGACGUCCAUAUUUAUAUACUGUCCAUGAAUCAAACCAAAAAUGUCUGCAUGAUUUGAUACCACUGAAAACAUCAGUCAUAAAUUGUUUGAAAUGGCAUAAAGAACAUUGAUUAAAACAAGAUAAAGAAUUGAGAGUAUCUUCAUAGAGUUUAGGGUUUGCUGAACAGUUUAAAAUGUGUUUUAGUUAGAAUGUCAGAAAAACCUGAUCACUGAACUUGAAAAUUAAUCAGAAGCUUUAAAAUGAAACAGUUGGGGAUGGGAAUCUGUUUCAAAACCCAUUUCAUGAUGUAAAAAACAAUGCAAAAAGCCAUUUGAGGAGUUUUUCUUCCAGGAUAAAGUAACCACUGUUUGUUAAAACUGAACAAAAUGAAGACCAAUUCUGGUCACAUAGGUCCUUGUUUGACAGUUUUACAGACUGGAACCUGUUGAUGUUGGAGAUAUUGAAUUACAAGCUUAAAGAAUGUUUUUCUCUUUCAUUGUAGGAAUGUAAGGCUUUGAGCAAACACGCACAAACACUCACACACAAACACACCACACAUAAUUUAGGAGCUUUGAGCUGUAUUUCUGCCAGACUUGAAGCUUACAGACUUCAGCCAUAGAUGCUGUGCCAGCUUAACAAAUGACAAUCCCAGCAGCGUUACAAGUCUGCCUCUGUCAGGCCUCUCCAGUGGGAAACGUUCUUUUAGCUGAUUUAACCACUGGUCAUGGCUUCUCGUUGUUGUCUGACUGAUGAAAAACCUGAUUUAGGUUGGCUGUAUUUUUUAGGGGUUUUAAAUUUUAAAUAUUUGGACUUUUCACACAGAUAAAAACAGAUUGACUUGACAAGUGUCAGCUCAUCCUUGCCAAGGAGGAUAGUUAGAAAAGUGGGUGAUGUUACAGAGGUUCCCAUUGGACACAAGGUACUACAUGUUUCAGAAUACCUUGAAUGUUUGUAAUAUAGAGUCGAUUUUGCAUUGUUGUAGUAGCUGUUCAGAUGUGCCAGGCUCCUGUUCUGAGCCUGCUUUUAUAGCCACAUUUCAUUCCAAAAGGAGAAGUUCUGCACUUCCAAACAAUUGAUUACUGUUACUAACGUGCAGCCUGAAGAAGAUCCCCAACCAAGGAGUAUGAGAAUGAAAUAAACCUUAUUUAUGAUUUAUUUAGUAAUAAAAGUAAUCUACUAUAAGUAA